AUGGCGAGGCUCGAACCUACAACAGUGGCAAGUGUGACGUCUUUUUCAGAAGAAUGUGUUAUCAGCAAGGCGAAGGUACACGGAUUUAUUAAGCGGUGUUGUGGGGCUGUAGGUAUAGAGGAUGACCAUGGAUCUAUGUUAGCAGACGUGUUGGUGGCGGCUGACUACAGGGGCCACUACAGUCAUGGUCUUAAAAAUCUCGACAAAUAUUUGAGCGAUGUAACAAACCGAUUCGUAGCAACGAAGGGCACACCCAGAAUUGUCAAGCAAACUCAAGCAACAGCAUUAGUGGAUGGGGACAACUUACUUGGACCAGUUGUCGGAAAUUAUUGCAUGGAUCUAGCUAUUGAGAAAGCAAAACAAAGUGGCAUAGGGUGGGUUUCGGUCAGCGGUACGUUUGAUCUAUUUUUUUAA